CCGGUGUCGGUCACGCACAGUGAUGGGGAAUCCCCAUUAAGAUCUCACUGACGCCAUGUUCACUACAUCGCAUAUGUGAACAAGAAUUGUUUCAUAUUCCAGAUACCACUACAUUAGAUGGAUGUCACAAUUGCAAUUACAUAUAACAAUGAUGCUGUCAUGAUCCUGUAUGCUCUUGCCUGUAAGUGGCACAGUUCCCAGGCCUAUGCAGAUUAUUGAGGAACUCUUUAUAUUUGUCACACUGUUGAUUAUUGGCCAUUGUGUCCCAGGAUCUAUGGAGGAGCGUGAUCAAGCGAAAAACCUGUAUAGGAAGGCCAGGGACAAUGACUGUCUUGGGCCACCAGAACAGGCCGACAUAAGACGGACAGUCGUGAAAUUAUUACAAAAAUCGCAAAAUCGUCAGAACUACAAGACUCGAUUUCGGUACCAGGAGUUUGCAUCGAUAAUCGAUAAAACGGCUAAUUGUGGAAAGUUCGUUGCCGUUAAGACGAGUGCGGCGUUUAUUCUUUUAGAAAAAUAUCUUCUUCUCUUAUUUACCUUUCCUUGGAAGAAAGAAUUCCACAAAUUGAAGACAUAUUGUGGAUUUUUUCAGUGUAGAAUUAAAUCGCAUUUAGAAGAGGCUGAAAAUAUUUUCAAACUAAUUGGUUUUCGUGAGAGCGACAACAGUACGUUGGUAUUGACAGGAGGGAAUGUUAACCAAGAACUUGUAUUUGACGUGGCGUUUGAGUGUGUCGUGGCGUCCGUAGAGUGCGAGAUGAUCGGCGAGUACCACAGGUGCAUAUCGGAAAAAGGUGGUAGCAUACAGGACGCCGUCGCCUUCAGACUUGCAGGACUGAUUCCUGACCUGAGCAGGAAGAAACCCAGUGAACAUGUGGACUCCGUCGCCUGCUACAAGCGUCAGAUUAUAUACCCCGACGCCAGCCGAGAGUUGCAACAGAGAGGCUUCAGCAGCGGGAACACCGUGCCCAAUAUUCCCAAGGGUUUGCCGUUCAUUGACGAAGAUUUGAGCGACAGUGUGGCGGAGGUGGCGCCCAAGUUUCAGAUGGGGACGAUUGACGAGCACAUGAUGGCAAGUCUUCAGAAAGUGAAGACGCUGCCGGAGAGGGGACUAAUGAGUGCCGCCUCAAACUCGGAGGACUGGUCUUACGUCCGGCUCGGACUUGAGAAUAGGUACGGGAAAAGUUACUACGACGGCGUGAGGGGCGACGUCAUUAAUCCUAGCAACAGGCACGCAGUAUCGGGACGAGUGCCAGAGGAACGGGACGAUAUUUCCGACGAAGGGAUCGACGUCUGCGAAGGUCCGCCGCCGGUCAGAAUCGACCCACCGAGGCCAGUCGGAAUCGAUUCACUUGCACGCCGGGAUCCGAGGUCGCACCCUCAGAUGGGAGACGCCAUGUCUAUUGACAUGCCAGGCAAAAGCUUUCAGACGUCGGGAUACAGAACUGGAGUAUAUUUGCCUGCUACGGCAACCUAUCCACCAUCUAACUCGGUGGUCUGUGACGAGGCACCUCUAUCGCCAGGAGUAUCGCCUUCCUCGGCGACCUUUCCUUAUUCCACAAGGAGUCCCACACCAAGAGCUGCCCAGACUGCACCGAGAAGUUCCCAGCUUACAACAGGAGCAGUACGUGGAGUACCCAUGUACAAUCACAGACAAUAUAACACUAACAAUCUUUCCAACAUAGCGCGCAAGGCACGUGGUGGUGAAUCGUCGGGCGCCUUUCGGGUGGAUAAAGUAUCAAAUAGAGGUUAUAACACGCCCGAUAUGGAAUUAAAGUUGACGAACGAAAGGUGGAAAUGCGAGACGUGUACCAUGGAUAAUCAUUCUGGUUCUAAAGUGUGUGAUGUAUGCGGCAAAAGUAGAAUUCCUUCACUGCAGAUGGAUGGUCCCCAAGUAGGGGAGAGUGUGAGGAUUUGUAGCCAGUGCACAUUAGAAAAUAAGCCUGGUUCCUCGGUGUGUGGCGCCUGUCAAACGGAGCUUGUCCCCAAUAACAUUAAUACCUAUGUAUAAAAAACCCAUUUAUUGCGUGAUUUGCUAACAGUAGAAUUGUUGCGGAUACCAAAUGUUAACUGCAUAUAUAUAUAGCUUAUGUCGGCAUUGUGAUAAAGACAUUUAGCAAAGAUACAAGAUGAUAUUUUAUUUUUAAAAUAUAAUAUUUGUUUUUUUAGUGGGGGUUUUCCGUUUUGACAAUUUAAGAAUGAAUAAUUAUGUACUUGUUCCUUUUUAUGGUAAUUGGAAAGUUUAUAUAUGUGAAGUUUAAUACAAUGAAACCUGUCCUAGCGGCCACCUGUAAUAAGAGGUCACCUGCCUUAAGCGGCCACUGUUUUGCCUCCCAAACGUUUUAUAAUGUAAAUGCACCUGUAAUAAGCAGUCACCUGUCUUAACGCGGCCAGCGGCCAUCUAAAUCGGAUCCCAAAUGGCUAAAAUACCUGUAUUAAGCGGCCACAGUAAAGUUUUUACUAUUAUAUAAAGGGGAUAUUUUAACAACAGCAAUAAGGUACAGCAAAUAACCUACAGGAAUGCUAGUACUCAUUUAAUCCCGACAUCUCUACUGUGUGUCAAUUAAGGAAGUAUGACACUGGAAGGCAUCUUAUUGCCUCUUGGCAGGCUACGCUUAACAUUUGUAGAUUCACUUACUAUGACAAUACACCGCACGAAGUAGGAAUUAAAUAACUAAAUUGAAAAAGGUUAAUUUAAUACAUUCCAGGUGCAUUUUUUUCUGAAGGAGGCGACAUGUCAAAAGUUGAUUUAUAGUCAACUGUAAAGCACACAUCCGUUAAUUAGCAGUACAGAUGGUAAAACACGAAAUAACAAAUAUUUGAAAGACACUAUAUGUGGCAACCUGUAAUCAGCGGCCAUCUGUCUUAAGCGUCCACUUUUAUGUACUCCUUUGUUGACCGCUUAAGACAGGUUUGAAUGUAUAUAUUUUAAAACAAUCUAGAGUAUAAUAAUAAUUAUUAUUAUUAUGUUUUUUAAUAUACAUAAUGAUUAAACAUUUUAGUAUAAAUUCUUCAUUCGGUUUAUUUUCCCGUGGUUUUCUAUUGUUCUAUUUAUUUUUACUUUUGUGCGUCCGUUAUUUCACAGUAUACACGCGAACAAUGUAUGAGCCUUGUAAUCUGAUUACUUGGUUCUGGGCCCCAAAUUCAUAAAACCUUGCUAAGUUUAUACCGGCCUCGGUGGCGUCGUGGUUAGGCCAUCGGUCUACAGGCUGGUAGGUACUGGGUUCGGAUCCCAGUCGAGGCAUGGGAUUUUGAAUCCAAAUACCGACUCCAAACCCUGAGUAAAAGAUGACAUUCACACAAAAAAAAACACAAAAAAAACCCAUGAAAUUUUCUGUUUAUUUUAUGGCAAUUUACCUUUAUUUUUAAAAUGCCAGCAGCAAAAUAUUUCCGGCUUUCUCACAGUGAAGUUAACACUUUCUACAGUGAUGAUAACACUUUUUUUAGAGUGAAAUGGUGAAAUUUUCACUCUAAAAUGUGUUAUCGUCACUGAGUGACUGAUAACACUUUUAUUUCACUGAUAUUUAAAGAUAUUUCACUAAAUGUUCUAUAAUAAGCGGUAUUAUCUGUAUGUCGAUAUACAUGUAUUAUUAUGAUUCAAGUGAUAAAUAAUAUGUAUUUACGAUACAUCCGACCUGUACCGAUACAUUCAGUAAUUUCCGUAUUUUAUGAUCGUUGUCAGUCGGAAACUCGAUUUCUUGGGUUCUACCGGUUUUCAAAAAUGUGAUAAAAGGAAGGGCCUGACAUCAAAUAUUCUGUCCUGGACGAAGGAGCCGGCUUAAGUCGGCACAUGCGCCCAUGACAGGCGUGCGCUACAACAGCUUACUCUGAAUGUGCACAUACCGGCCUCGGUGACGUCGUGGCAGGCCAUCGGUCUACA